AAGCAGUUUUGUUUAUAAUAAAUAAUAAUAAAAAUAAAAUAACCAACUUCUAAAAAAAAUUGUUUUCGUUUCUAAUAAAAAGACAGUUUUUUAAAAUAGUUAUGACGUUAUACAAAAUAAUAAACAUAAAACUAUAUUUUUAUCCACGUACACAUUUUUAAAUAGUGAAAAAAAAAUAACCAUACUUCAAAGUUUUAAUCUAAAAAAAAAUUUGAACAGAACUGUAUAAUUGAAAUUGUUAUCAUUAUUGUUUUCCAAAAAAAAUAAAAUGUCUAAUGCUAUAGCAUAUACUAUUUUUUAUGGACUAUUUGUCGCUGGUAUUGUUUACCCACCCCGAGAAUUCGUGUCCGCAGGAUUUACUAUUUCCGAAAUAUUUUCUUCCUGGUUGGGCAAUGAAUCCGCAGCAUUUGUGCAGUAUCAUAUUAAAAGAAGUAUAGUAACUCUUCUUAUCCAUUCAUUGCUUCCCUUCAUUUACAUAAUCGGAUUGACAUUACUGGGUCAUGUUGAUGCUGUGCAAUUAUUUAUUGGAACUGAGCACUCAUUAUGGAUGACAUUGUCACUCUGUGCACUAGUUGGUCCAAUUUACACGCUUGCUAAAGUAAUCGGAUGGUCGACGAAUAAUUGGUCCCAACACCCGAUAGCUAAAAAUUUGUCUAUUUAUUGUGAUGAUGAAAACAAAUCAUGGAUCGAUAUCGCUUCUAAUGUCAAUAUGGAAUUCCAAAGUUUGACGAAAUUACAAAUCGCAACGAACACAGUUACCAAAGUUGUUGUAACGGACAGUUGGAUCAUUCAAGUCUCGUCUUAUAAAUUAGAAAUAGCUAAGCAGUCUAAUUCUAAAUUAGUAUGUUUUAAAGUAAAUACAUACACAUCCCCGUCAGCUACCAUUGAAGACAUUGGAUCAACUUAUGUUAAAUAUCGGGUCUGUACGACACAACAAGGCGGAAAAAAUUUCACUAUACGACUAAAUUAUAAUGACAUUGAAAACUUUACAGGAAAAGUUACGAUGCAAAUAGUUACGAUGCCGAAAUGUGAAUUUCCCAAGAGAUUGAAAGAACUAUGCAUCGAUUGGAUAAAAGAAGAAGUUAUGAAAAAUCCAAUUUAUUUUACUAAUCUAGAGCUAGAAAAAUGUGCAGUAUGUAUUAAUGUAACAUCGGAUGUUAAAUUAGUAAAACGUUGCCCGGAAAUCCCAACAUUGGACAAUAAUCCAGCAUGUCAAUCAUGCAAUUGUCCUCCAAGAUUAUGCGUUGACUGCUUAGUAAAAUGGUUCAUAACAACAUCAGUCGAUUUAACGAAACCCAUUGAAAAUUUGAUGCAAAUAAAAAGUAGCUGUCCUCAGUGCCGUUCAACAUUUUGCCUUACAGAUGUGAGUUACGUCGCGUAUGAUCCAUUUUAUAACGACAAAAAUUCUUCCACAGACAAUAAAACUUGAUAUAAGUAUUGACAUAAUUACUGACUUGUGAUUUAUAUUUUAAUUAAUUAAAGUUAUAUUUUUGAAUAAAGAUAAGUUUUUUAAA